UAUAAAGAUUCCAAUUUUGACAGCUGUCAAUUGUAACGCGCGAAAUUCAAAUUGCCGAGUUUUGCGCAUGAGUCGAAUGUCGUAGGUGUCACAUAUCAACAAAACCAAAUAAAAUUCCUUCUUAUCUGGGAUCAACCACUUUCAGCGACUGCAAGUUACAUUCGUUGUGACUCAUACUACAGUUAAUCAAAAUACAAGGAAGUUUUGCAUUUUCACUGGGCGUUGUUAAUAAAAAUACCUAUCACAAUGUCUCUUUAUCCGAGUUUGGAGGACAUGAAGGUGGAUAAAAUGGCCAGAGCUGAAUAUGCUCUAAUAAAUCAGCAACAGCAGCAAUAUUCUGCACCCCCUGCAAGUGCCAGUGCACCCAUGAUGUACCCCUCUCUGGGAAAUUACAUGGGAUUAGAGCUGAGUGACAAUGUUAUUGCACUAAACAUGCCUGAGUAUACACAAUCAGCUUUACAACAGGCCACAACAGCAGAUUCUGCUUCAGGAAACAAUGCUCAGUGGAUAGCUCCAAUAUCAGGCUCUUCUGUAGGUUUGGCGCGCGCCAACGUAACACACGGUAUCCGUGAGUUAACCCUGUGCAAAGACAAGGCAAACCACGUGGGUAUGAGAGUAAAGGAUAUAAACAAAGGUAUAUUUGCUGUUCUGGUGGUAGACAAAUCGCCCGCUGCGCUGGCGGGUCUGCGAUUUGGUGACCAAAUCUUGCAAAUAAACGACGUGAUUGUGGCCGGAUUUUCCAUGGAAAAAGUCCACGAUCUCAUCAGGAAAUCACCCAAGAACGGAAUCAAAGUGGUCGUAAGAGACAGGCCCUUUGAAAGGACCAUUACUUUGCACAAGGACAGCACCGGGUGCAUAGGAUUUCAGUUUAAAAACGGAAAAAUUGUCAGCAUCGUCAAGGAUUCGUCUGCUUCGAGAAAUGGAGUGCUAAUUGAACACCAAUUGUUGGAAGUCGACGGACAAAAUGUUGUUGGACUGAAGGAUAAGGAAACAAGAAAAAUUAUCGACAAUGCCAAAACUGUCGUCACUAUUACGGUUAUUCCCACAUUCAUCUAUGAUCACAUGGUUAAAAAAAUGGCUGGAUCUUUAAUUAAGGAAUUAAUGGACCACACAAUUCCUUCCAUGUAAUUUUUUAUUCCACCCAAAAAAACUUUAUUAUGCAUUUACUGUUUAAGUUUAGGUUUAAGUUUUUUGUGUAUUAUUUUAAUCUUAUUUCAUAAUUCAAAUUAUUAUAAUAACUAGACCAAAGAUUGUUGGAUUUGUGAUGACUAGUGCCAGAAUGGAUAACAAUUAAUUAAUAAAAUUAUCUUAAGUAA